CUUAAAUGACUUAUCUCGAUAAAAUCAUUUUUUCAGAUACAACAAACAAAGAGAAAAAGCCCUUUCAAUUUCUUUUUACAGAUUGCUUUCUAAAUAGCUUUGAGAAAUUGAUCUUCUCUUUAUCAUACUCAAAUGGAUUCUUCUUUUCUCUCUAGUUUUUGUGCUACAGCCAUAAUUUUCUUCACGCUUUUCGGUACAAUAUAUUUCAUGUUUUAUAGAAAAGUCAAAUCCCAUCAAGAAAACAAAACAAUAGCUUCUUCUUUAGCUCUUCCAACUAUUCCAUCUUCUUUGUCCCGAAAAUACGAUGUCUUUCCGAGUUUCCACGGAGCAGAUGUUCGCAAAACCUUUCUUUCUCACAUGCUAAAAGAGUUCAAACGAAAGGGAAUCGUUCCAUUCAUUGAUAAUGAUAUCGACAGGAGCAAGUCUAUUGGUCCUGAGCUCGACGAAGCUAUCAGAGGAUCAAAGAUCGCAAUCGUCAUGCUCUCAAAGAACUAUGCUUCUUCAUCAUGGUGCCUAAACGAGUUGGUGGAGAUCACGAAAUGUAGAAAAGAUUUGAAUCAAACAGUGAUGACCAUUUUCUAUGGCGUUGACCCAACAGAUGUAAAGAAGCAGACAGGAGAGUUUGGGAAGGUCUUCGAAAGAACUUGUGAAAGUAAAACAGAGGAGCAGGUUAAGACAUGGAGAGAAGUUUUGGAUGGUGCGGCAACAAUCGCUGGAGAGCAUUGGCACAUCUGGUUUGCCUUCUUUAUUUAGUUUUUACUUGCUCUUAGUAAUAUUUCACUAUAUUUAUUAGUAUCUUUUAGAAAAUAACAAGACAAGCACCACAUAUUUGUUUUGGAUGUGUAUGAGAAAAAAUUUAUGAAUAAUUAGGGGAUGUAUAAAAUGAUCUCUCUAUUUUUGCUAGGGAUAAUGAAGCGAGCAUGAUUGAAAAAAUUUCCAUUGACGUUUCAAACAUUCUUAAUCGUUCCUCACCCUCAAGAGAUUUUGACGAUUUGAUUGGGAUGGAAGCUCAUAUGGAAAAAAUGAAAUCGUUGUUGAGCCUACACUCUAAUGAAGUGAAGAUGAUUGGGAUUUGGGGUCCUUCUGGGAUUGGGAAGACCACCAUUGCAAGAGUCUUAUAUAACCGUUUUUCUGGCGAUUUUGGAUUGAGUGUCUUUAUGGACAAUAUUAAAGAGUUGAUGCAUACAAGACCAGUGGGUUCUGACGAUUACAGUGCAAAGUUGCACUUACAGAACCAGUUAAUGUCCGAGAUAACCAACCAUAAGGAGACCAAGAUUACUCAUUUAGGAGUUGUACCUGAUAGGUUGAAGGACAAUAAAGUGCUUAUUGUCCUUGAUAGCAUUGAUCAAUCAAUACAACUAGAUGCUAUCGCAAAAGAAACUCAAUGGUUCGGUCCUGGGAGUCGGAUUAUCAUCACAACGCAAGACCAAAAACUUCUGGAGGCACAUGACAUCAACAAUAUUUACAAGGUGGAGUUUCCAUCAAAAUAUGAAGCUUUUCAAAUCUUUUGUACGUAUGCUUUUGGUCAAAAUUUCCCUAAAGAUGGUUUUGAGAAGCUUGCUUGGGAAGUUACAGACCUUUUAGGUGAACUACCAUUGGGACUAAGAGUUAUGGGCUCCCACUUCCGAAGAAUGUCUAAGGAUGAUUGGGUAAUUGCAUUACCAAGGUUAAAGACUCGCCUUGAUGCUAAUAUUCAAAGCAUUUUGAAGUUUAGUUACGAUGCUUUAUCUCCUGAAGAUAAAGAUUUAUUCCUUCAUAUAGCAUGCCUUUUCAACAAUGAAGAAAUAGUGAAAGUCGAAGAUUAUCUUGCUUUAGAUUUCUUGGAUGCGAGGCAUGGGCUUCACCUCUUAGCUGAGAAAUCUCUCAUUGAUCUCGAAGGUGUUAACUACAAAGUGCUAAAAAUGCAUAAUCUACUAGAACAAUUGGGUAAAGAAAUUGUCCGUUAUCAUCCGGCACACCACUCAAUCCGUGAGCCUGAAAAGCGUCAGUUUUUGGUUGAUACUAAAGAUAUUUGUGAAGUACUCGCCGAUGGCACGGGUAGUAAAAGUAUUAAAGGUAUAUGUUUCGACUUAGAUAACCUAUCAGGGAGAUUAAAUAUAAGUGAGAGAGCUUUUGAAGGAAUGACUAACCUUAAAUUCUUAAGAGUUCUGAGAGACCGAAGCGAGAAGUUGUACUUACCGCAAGGUUUAAAUUAUCUACCUAAGAAACUUAGAUUAAUAGAAUGGGACUAUUUUCCGAUGAAAAGUUUGCCUUCAAACUUUUGUACAACGUACCUAGUCAACCUACAUAUGCGGAAAAGCAAACUUGAGAAGUUAUGGGAAGGAAAACAGCCACUUGGUAACCUGAAGUGGAUGAAUUUAAGUAACUCGAGAAACCUAAAGGAGCUACCUGAUCUCUCAACAGCUACUAAACUUCAAGAUUUGAAUCUCACUAGAUGCUCCAGCUUGGUGGAGAUUCCUUUCUCUAUUGGAAACACCACUAAUCUUGAGAAACUGAAUCUUGUAAUGUGCACUAGCUUGGUGGAGCUGCCCUCCUCUAUAGGAAGCCUUCAUAAAUUGCGGGAGUUGAGAUUACGAGGAUGCUCAAAGCUAGAGGUUCUUCCCACCAACAUCAGCUUGGAAUCUCUCGAUAACCUUGAUAUCACUGAUUGCUCACUGUUGAAAAGUUUUCCUGAUAUCUCCACAAACAUUAAGCAUCUCAGCCUCGCGAGAACUGCAAUUAAUGAAGUGCCGUCGAGGAUCAAGUCAUGGUCUCGUCUUCGUUACUUUGUAGUGUCAUACAAUGAAAACCUCAAGGAAUCUCCGCACGCUCUUGAUACCAUCACAAUGUUGUCGUCUAACGAUACAAAAAUGCAAGAAUUACCUCGGUGGGUCAAGAAAAUCUCUCGUCUUGAGACGCUUAUGCUAGAGGGAUGCAAAAACCUGGUAACACUCCCAGAACUUCCGGAUUCCUUAUCAAACAUAGGGGUAAUAAAUUGCGAGUCACUAGAGAGGCUUGAUUGUUCCUUCUACAAACAUCCAAAUAUGUUUAUCGGGUUUGUUAACUGCUUGAAGCUGAAUAAAGAAGCGAGAGAACUCAUCCAGACCAGUAGUAGCACUUGUUCGAUCUUACCCGGAAGACGAGUGCCUUCAAACUUCACUUACCGAAAAACUGGAGGUUCCGUGCUUGUCAAUUUGAAUCAAAGUCCUCUUUCUACAACCUUGGUGUUUAAGGCUUGUGUCUUGCUGGUUAAUAAAGAUGAUAAGAAAAAGGAGGCCAAUGGUACGUCAUUUCAGGUAUAUUAUCGUAUAAUGGACAAACGCAAAUUGGGUGUUAUUGUUCCAUGGAGAUCUGCACACGGCUUUGUUGUGCCUCCAAUUUUGGCGGAGCAUUUGCUAACCUUUGAACUUGAAGCGGAUGUGAAAACCAACGAGUUUUUCUUCGAGUUCGAAGUCAACCGUUACGAAGUGGUGAUAAAAGAAUGUGGAGUACUCCAACUCUAAGUCCUCCAUUUUUUUGGAAGACUGGUUGGGACGCACUUGGUUGAGAACUUGAGAGAAGAACAAGACAGUGAUCUAUUGUUAUUGUUUCUUCCACUUACCUGAAUCCCACCUCCAGUUCCUCUAUAACAUCCAUGGCACGGCACUUCUUCAAUGCGUUUUUCCUAACAACCACCGUUUAAAGGCGGAGAAGGAGACGAGAUUUGACCAGCACAGUAGUUUGUUAAGCUUUUACUCCUUCGAUUAUCCAAGGUGGAGAGUCUACAAGAGGAUGAAUGUUUUAAGGUCUAGGAGCAUCAAAAAGAGUUUGCGACAUCAGGUACGGUUGCAGGCAUCUAGAGUUUGGACCCUAGCCUCCUUCUACCAUCUUCUUUGGCCACAUUACAGGGUUUAUCUUUCUUUGUAUUUUUUAAUCAUUGCGCUUUCAGCGAUAUUAAUUUUAUUACAAUUUUCUUGAGUUUAUUUUUGGCUUUGUGAUUCUCUCGUCAUUGAAUUGUUGGCUGCGUCUUAAGAAACUCAGAAUUGUUAAAGAAAAUAAGGUUAGAAAUAGUUUCUUGGGUUACAAGCAAUACCAAUCCUCAACACUAGACACUUUUUAAGUU